AUGGAUUUUCGAGAAUUUCUAGGCAAUAUACAGACAGAUAUGCUUUGCAAAACAAUUCCACGUGUGAGUGCCAAAACAGUAGCUGUAAUCAUUGCGGGUGGUGGAUUAAAGCAUGUUGAAAAUUAUGUUGAUGAUUUAUCCAUUUUUGCAGCAGCUUCGGCAACAAAUGUUUUAGUAUCGAACAUCGCACAAUAUACUCUGUGCAAUGCAUACAAGAAAAAUUUAAAUUUUGGAACGAAACUUAAAAUUACGUUUGCUUCGAGUGCUUUUGCUACAUUAAUCACUAACAUCAGCUUUCGUCAUACUAAAGAUAUUAAAUCACUAGUGAUUUCGCCCAUUAUUGAAGGUCUUUCUACCUCACUAUUAUAUACUUUCUUCCACCAUGAGGAAGCUAGCAGAUAUUUCAGAGCUUAUUAUCCAGAAAUUCAUUAUCACGUUAAAAAUACUCUUGAAGCAACCAACCUUGAUAAACCAAUCCAAUGGUUCUUCAGCAACAUCGAUCAAUCAUGA